CUGAGACGCGGCUGGCUUGGAAAAUAUGGCGACGGCCAAGGUAUUGCACGUUGUUGCGGAUUCCGGAGCUUUCCUGAGGAAUGCGGUGCUCCAGGACAUCGGCACGCAUAUCUACACGGUGCGGGAUGUGGUGAAUGAGAUCCGCGAUAAGGCCACCAGGAGACGAUUGGCUGUGCUGCCCUACGAGCUGCACUUCAAGGAUCCCAAACCUGAGACUGUACAACUAGUGACAGAAUUCUCAAAGAAGACUGGAGACUAUGGCAGCCUAUCAGCCACUGACAUCAAGGUUCUGGCUCUCGCUUACCAGCUUGAGGCUGAGCAUGUUGGAAAGGAUCAUAUCCGAACAGAGCCAGCUAGUAAGGUCUCUGUCAGUACUACAGUUCGGCACCCGGAAGCUCCUGUUAAUGUGGCCGGAUUCCACUUCCCGUCCAAGUCUGCAGGUAAAAAGGACGGCUCACCAAAGGCCACAGUGGUGGAGGAGAGGAAUGAAAUUAGCCAAGAGAACAAAGAGUUCAGUUCUUUCCUUUUUUGGAGGAACCCCUUGCCCAGUAUUGAAGAUGACUUGGUAGACCUCAUGAAUGCCCAGGCAGUGUCAGUAACUACCAGCCCUGAGCCAGUGACAUCACAAGACCACACAUUAGAGGGGCCAUCUGCCACAUCUGGGGGUGAAGAUGAACAGGAGGAUGAUGAUCAUGGUGAUAAUGAAGAUGAUGGAGGUUGGAUUACACCUGAAAACCUUAAACAGAUCCACCAGGACAUGGGUGUCCGCGAGGCUCCGGGUAACGUGAUUGUCGGCUGCUUGACUACGGAUUUUGCUAUGCAGAACGUACUCAUACAGAUGGGACUCCAUGUGUUGUCUGUGGAUGGAAUGCUGAUACGCCAGACCAGAAACUACAUAUUACGUUGUCAUGGCUGCUUCAAGACAACUUCUGACAUGUCCAAAAAUUUCUGUCCUCAUUGUGGGAAUAUGACCAUGAAAAAAGUGGCCGUGUCUGUCGAUGAGGAAGGAAGCCUGCACAUGCAUUUCUCCCAGAACCCCAAGGUCAUGAACACCCGGGGCAUGAGGCAUUCAUUGCCUGCCCCACAAGGAGGAAAGCACGCGUCAAACCCGCAAUUAGUCGGCGACCAGCAUUUUCCCCAGCAGCGUCUCUCCAAAAAGGCCAGGUCUAAAACCGACGUCUUCAACCCAGAUUACAUUGCCGGAACGUCACCCUUUGUGGAAAAUGACAUCUACAGCCGUGCCGCCAACCUGAACAUCAGAGACACAGCACAGGGAGCCGGCCGCAGGCGUGUGAACCCCAAUGCCUCCAGGAAAAAGGGUGUGAAGAAGAGAUGAGGGGCAGAGCAUGAGUUGCAGCUAUAUUUAUUUAUAUGGUGCCUUUU